AUGGAGCUCCAUGUGCUGCUUAUAAACCUUGAAGAGGCAUUAGACAAGGAGAUCCCUCGUCUCCAUAUCUUUUUAUUAUUUCUAUGGAGGCUUUCUCUAGGAAAUUUCAUAUGUAACAAGAUUGAAGGCAUCAAAAUUGCACCAGGUGCUCCUUCUAUUUCACACUUGUUCUUUGCAGAUGACUGCCUAUUAUUUGCAAAUGUUGAUCUUCAUAAUGUCAACAAUCUGCUUCAAAUAAUUGAAGAAAUUGGUGCUGCCUCUAGACAAAUGGUGAAUUUCACAAAGUCUAGUGUUUUCUAUAGUGCUAAUGUUCCACCAAGAUUUUGCAUAAUUCUUACUAGAAGAUUGAAAGUACCCUACAUGAAUCCUAAAGAGAAGUAUUUAGGUAUGCCACUGUUGAUUGGUAAAAGUAAGAAAAAAUGCUUUACACAUUUGCUUGAUAAGGUGAAAAAUAGAUUAUCAGUUUAUAGAAGCAAAACUAUGGCACAGUGCAGCAAAUCAUUAAUGAUUAACACUGUCACAAAUAUCAUUCCUUCUUACACAAUGAGUUGCUUUCAAAUUCAUAAAGAUAUCAUAAAUGAGUAUAGUGUUAUGCAUAGGGACUUCUGGUGGGGUUUUGAGGACAAAAGGGGUACAUAUAUUACUUCGUGGAAAGAUCUGAAUUUGCAUAAGGAUAUAGGAGGACAAGGAUUCAAAGAUAUGCAUAUCUUGAAUAAAGCUCUUCUCAUAAGAGAUGCAUGGAGAAUUUGUUCAAAUUCAGAUGAAGUUUGGGUCAAAUGUGUGGCAGCAAAAUAUUUCCCCAGUACAAGCAUGGAAGUACCACUAACUCCAAGACUGGAAGCUGAAGACAAUGAAAAUUUUGUCUGGGUCAGUGAGCUCUUUCUUUCAGAUGGAAGGGAAUGGAAUGUUGAUUUGGUACAUUAUCUCUUUGAUCAACAUACAGCUGAACUGAUUCUAAAAAUGAGAUUAUCAGCUUAUGCAACAGAUAAGCUGAUCUGA